AUGUCCGACAACUUAAACGUGACAGCGUUGAGUAGGGCCUAUACUCAAACACAAUGUGUGUCUCUGCUAUCGCAAGUCGCCGAUUCAGUCACAUGUAUCGUGUGCCAGGAACUCAUGUGUCUGCCGUGUGUGCUGGAGUGUGGGCACUCUUACUGCUAUGAUUGCAUCUCGACCUGGUUCACCAAGGUCAACACCUGUCCUUCGUGUCGGAAGGAGUGUCACAAGAAGCCCCAUAUCUCACAUGCAGCGGCAGGUAUAUCCAAGGCCAUUAUUGCAGCUAUAAUCGAAACAGACCCCUCCAGGAAAGCAGAGUACGACGAACUCAUGCAAAGACAAACGGAAGAAUACAAGAGAGAUCUGUCGAUACACAACUCGAUGCUUCCAGGCCUCUUUUCAGAUAGCGAAGAUGGCAGCGACUUUCAAUUCGACGCCUCUCUGGCUUCAGCUCUGGAUAUUGAGACCCAUGAAGGCGGCUUUGAUUCAGAUGAGUUGUCAGAUUCAGGCUCAGAAAUGAUGUACGGAGUGCCUGGAAAUAUACACUGGCUCGAUAGACAGGGUCAGCGACAUUAUCUCGACUGGGGAACCACCAUCAACCACAUCAUCAUGCAGUCUUACUAUCGCCAUCGCGUGGAGGUUUCCAUCCGUGCGGUGAGUGACACUACAGAACACACAGAACAAUACCACGAUGCUCCAGAUUCGCACUAUGCACCAAGGACUCCUACCGAGGAGUUCCACGACGCACGUCCCUCUAGGCGACAUAUUCCUGAGCGUGUGAUGAUUGAGAGACCCCCGAGAAGAAACUCGCCUCCAAGUGAGCAUGUUCCUCCGGUAGAGACUCCAGAUAUCAGUCUGGGGGUAAGACAUGCGAUCAAGUGGAUCACGGUCGAGCCUACCAAACUAACCAUUGGGGUAGCCAACGGAGAUGAGAAGACAUUCACGAGAGUUGUGGAUGCACAUAUUAACGGUUCCCGAGGCAGUGAUAGCGAGGGGUAUUUCUCAAGCUAA